GGAACGCCCUACGCCCUGUGCAUCUAAACCUCCUAAAUGAGCGAAGGCGGAACUAUACAGCCACCCAAUGGCCAUAACUGCCCAGACCGACGAUAGACCCACCAAGGGCAACUGCUAUAUUGACUCAUUCGACCUGAUGCCAAACACCCGAUGACACAUAAUGGAACGAAAGAAUCGACCAUAAAUACGGGAGUCAGACAGAAACCCGAUAUGUUUUUGCAAUCCCCUCAAUCAAGCCACCUCAGAAAUGUCUACUACUCCCACAGCCUCCCAAGGGGCCUCGCGCCUCGACGCCACGAAGCUGAACUACUCCUACACAACGACUCCCCGCGAUGUCCCCUCCGAAGCCACCAUUAGAGGCAGCGACGAGACCAUCUGCACCGACCACAUGAUCGUCGCAUCCUGGACUUCCAAAGAGGGCUGGUCCGCGCCCGAACUGAAGCCCUACGGCCCCUUCAGCCUCUUCCCCACCGCGUCCUGCCUGCACUACGCCCACGAAUGCUUCGAGGGCCUGAAAGCCUACCGCGGCUACGACGGCAAGGUGCGCCUGUUCCGACCUGACCGGAACGCCCGCCGGCUUCAGAUGUCCGCCGAGCGCGUCGCCCUGCCGCCCGUGGACGCCGACGCUCUCGAGAAACCCAUGAUGGCCGUUCUCUCCGUCGACGCUUCGAAAUGGCUUCCUCGGGACCGCGCCGGCGAGUUCCUGUACGUGCGACCGACCAUCAUCGGCACGAACUCGCAGCUGGGGAUCCAGCCGCCCUCGAGGGCCAUUCUUUACAUCAUUGUGGGCUACAUGUCGCGCAUGGACAUGCCGCCGGGUGGGAAGCGGCUGCUCACGUCCCCCGAGGACACGGUGCGUUCGUGGGUCGGGGGCUUCGGGUAUGCGAAGGUCGGCGCGAACUAUGGCCCCUCGGUGAACGCUACGCGGGAGGCGUAUGCGCGGGGCUUUCACCAGAUUCUCUGGCUAUAUGGAUCGCAGGGUGAGUGCACCGAGGCAGGCGGGAGUAACUUCUUUGUGGUGUGGAAGCGCAAAGACGGACGGAAGGAGCUCGUCACGGCGCCGUUGGAUGACCGGUUGAUUCUGGAUGGUGUCACCCGGCGAAGCUGCCUUGAUUUGGCGAGGGAGCGGUUGGGCGAUCAACUUGAGGUCACCGAGCGCAAGUUCACCAUCGAUGAAUUGUUUGAGGCUGCGGCUGAGAAUCGGAUCCUGGAGUCGUUCGCUGCUGGGACAGCUUGGUUUAUCUGUCCCAUCUCGUUGAUUCACCACCGAGACCAGGAGAUCGCCAUUCCCAUGGGGCCUGACGAUACGCCGGGUGAGAUCACGGGCAAGAUCAAGAACUGGCUGGGUGAUAUCAUGUACGGACGCACUGAGCAUGAAUGGGGUGUUGUAGUGCCGGAGAAGAAUUGACAGUCGAUGAUAUGAUGAUUAUAACGAUAGCAGGUCAAUUGCCUACAGCAGAAAUCCAUU